UUUUUUUCCAGUGCUGUAAGGUAACUUUUCUUGAGUACGCUCCACCUUCUCUCGAGUGGCGUGUCGCUUGUCUAGGUUUGCGUCAACUGCAAGGUGCAUGUGACGUCACCGAAAACAUGUAACGAUCCAACGUGCUUCGAUCGAGCCCUGACCAGAGAACAGUGUACGAUUGGACUCGGCCGAGGCUCGCGAUAGUUCUCACGGAAUUCCCAAUCGAAGAAAAAAUACUCGCUAUCAGCUUAUCAGCGCGCGGUUAUGGAGGUCCCAAUCAAGGUCUCGAAACUCGCGAAAUUUCGAUCUUCCAAAAAGUAUUUCUUCUCAUGGUUCUUGUUCGAGAUAGAUACAUCUUUUAUUUUUGCUCGACAAAAUGAAAUCUCGCGAGUUUCAAGACCUUCGUUGGGACCUCCAUAACCACGUGCUCAAGUUUGAAAUUAUUCGGUGCCCCCAGUUUGGAGAAAAAUUUUAUACGUAUAAAUGGAACGACGCUUUCGUAACACAACUUACGUCUACUUAAAGUGUUACGUGACUAAAUCUUAUAUUCGGCUGACGUUUAAUCGGCUUCGAAUACGACGUACGACAGUUUUCUCUCUGUGGCCACCUGACAGGAUGAGCAUCGAUACCCGUCGGUAUCAAGAGAAUCGGUGGGAAAAACAAGACAACGCCGGUUAUCAGCGGGUCUUGUCACAUGACUACCACAAGAGGAGGAGCGUGCAUAACAGUGCCAUGACACCGUCUCCAUUCAUUUCAUUUGCGAGCUUCCUUCUGAUCGUCUUACUACUCGGAAACGAUGUGCUGGCGGCCAAAGAAGACAAAACGCAGGAAGAUAUUCGACAUCUUGUCAGAGGGAACGACGAUCUGGAUUUUACGGACAAUCGCGACUUGAAUGCCGCCGUGAUAGGCGCUACACUUUAUCGUGACAAUAAUGAUCUCUAUAACGACGACGAAGUGGUCGCUUUAGCGGAGGGCAAUGACAUAAGACAAGAACAAUCGCUCGAUGUAGACUUCUGGUGGAAAAUAAGAAGACGGAAAAGAAGCGCAAUAGAGCCGUUGCCGAGUCAUGAUGGAAAAGAAGCGGUUGCUAAAUCAAGUGGGACAAUCGAUGAAGCUAAUCCUUCAAUCUCGACAGCAGAGGUUCCCAAGAAAUUACAAGACACCCCUAAAUUUUCUGAACCGAAUGAUAUGUUGCAAACUCAUGUCACUCCACACGACGACGACGAUGAACCACUCAAAGUGCCCGAUGACAAAUUGCAGGCAGAAAACGUGUCACAGAUGCCAGAGAAUGUCAGUUUGCCCGUGAAGGUGAAACAGACGGACGAAGAAGCUCUUUAUAUCGCAACUUUACCCCCAAAGAUUUUUCCUUACGAUGGCAAUAUAAAAAGUUUCGAUGAAGCGAGUAAAGGAAUUCGUGACAAACUGAGUUCCACCAUGUACGAAACUAUACCACAGGGAAAAGCUGAGACGAUAGAUUCGAUAAAUACAAAUUCUUCGAGUACCACUGUGCCAGAGCCAGUAACAACGCUGUUAACAGUACUUUUUAAAUCAACAACACCUUCAUAUUUGAAAAAUGACAAAUCGACGGAAGCUGUGAAUAUGACAGGUCAUGCAAUCCAAACAAUGGAACAAAAUAAAACUGGAGGAAAAGGCAUGCCUUCGGGCAUGAUAGCUUUAGUCAUAGCAGUCACUUUCGCUGCAAUAGUUGUAAUCGGUUACGUUGGAUUAAUAGCUUGGAAGAGAUACCAGGAGUUUCGGGUGGACAACCGAGAACUACUUGUAAACGAACUAGAAUUCGACACUAAUGAUUUACGGCAUUUUGAGCUUUAAUCGACUAAACGCUCUUAGGUAAGACGGACGAUUCAAAGUGACUGAAAUCUAGUUACCCUUUCCAGCACUCUGCAAUGUCUCGUCGAUCUGUGAUAAGAUAUGCAUAUUCCGUAAAUCUUAAAUGGAUUUACCAAAAGUAUUGCACUAUUUUCGUAAGCCAUUUAUUAAUUGGUAACUACGUAAAAUCUCUGGUUACGAUAACGUGGAUGAAAAUGUGGACAGUAUUGCGUUAAGCGACUCACUUCUUUAUUAAGAGCUGACUGACUCUGUCAUUAAGAUUUACUUGUAUAGUAUAAUAUAAGUGCGACUGUAUUGUGCAAGUGGUAUUAUAUGGUAGUAAUAAGACCGUGCAUCAGAAUCGAAUUAAUGUUAUCAGAACAUAAUUAGUGCCUUCUCGUAAAUUUAUCAUUACAUGCCUUACUGAAUCAAAAUACUUCGCUUAUAAUAGCCAAGAAAGGAAACUUGUACCUUUGUAAUCACUUAAGGAAAUUAGUAGAAACUCGUGUUAAUGUACAUUCAUAAUGCCUUUCUAUUAUACGGAGCAAAGCAGUGUACAUACUUGAAACAAUAAAAUGCUAGGUUAUUUUUGUAA